AUGACAGGCAUGGGCGUGGGCGUGGGCGUGGGCGGCGUGGGCUGCGCGAACACGUGCGAGCGACGUGCGCACGCGCGGAUGCCGCAUCCAGACCAGGUACGAAGCACCCCCCUGCUGGCGGGCGUGGCGCCGCUCGGCUCGCCGCAGUCGUCGCUGGCGUCGCUCGCGCCGCUUCACCCGCCACCAGCGCCCUGCGGUUCAGGUGGCUGUCCACUGGGCGCGGCGUGUUCCGCGCCGGCGCCGGGCGGCGACAUCUACGCGUGCGCGGCGCGGGAGCGAGGACACUACGUAGCUUAUGAACCGCUGGGACACUAUACACAUCGCGACUCGCUGAGCAGUGAGUCGGGCCCGGUCCCGGCGGCGGGCGGGUCGCUGCAGCGGCGGCCCGCGCCCGCGCCCUCGCACGCGCUACACAGCUUCACGCUCAGCGACAACGCGAGCGACCACUCCACACCUACACAUUCACAUUCGAGAGGGAGCGUAAGAGAAACCUCUCCUUACAAGAAGAGCGCGAGUUCGUCCCCCGGACACAUACCUAACAGACUUCAAUUAGGUGGCAGUGUAACCCACUGCGCGGAGGAACUCGAACCCCUGACCCCGUCCCGCUCGACGGAACGCCUUCACCGCGAGAUGCAGAACCUCGAGGGUCUGAUGAAGGACCUCUCGGCCAUCACCCAGCAGCAGUUCCACUGCUAGUGCCGGCGAAGCUGCCGCUGCGAGCCUCGCCGUGACAGCCGCGAACGAUCCGAGUACCGGUAUUGAAAUAUAAACUUUGUUGCAACGGAAUAAGACUCGAUUUCCUAUGAUUAUAUGGUGAGAAAAUUGUAUCUGCCCUGGGAGUACCGGUAUUGAAAACUAGAUUUACUUGUAAAGGAGUAAGAGUCAAUUUCCCGUAAUGAUAUUGUGAGGUUUGAGAAAUUAGUACCGGUAUUAAAAAAAGAACCUUAGGCAGCAAGGCAUAAGACUCGAUUUGCCAUGAUAAUAUUGUGAAGAAAUCAUACGUGAAAAAUGUAUAUUAUAAAAUGUCCUCAGUUGACUAAAGUCGAGCCUAAUAUACGGGUAUGUAAAACUCAAAUUGCUUUGACAACGAGCUAACAGUCAGAAGACACAGGUUUCUCGAAUAGCAAUGGGACUGCGACUGGAAAUCAACCUUAAUAGUCAACAAAUACGACUUAAUUUACAAUGAAAGGAUGAUUCAAAAUUUGAACAAAAUACACAGAAAUUUAAGUCUUAUAUAAAAUCCAAUAUUAUGACACGAUGAAGAAUGGAAAUCGGGAGAAAAAUAUAAUUGUGACGUCAGAAGUAGUAAAAACGGGUGACGUCACUCUCCUUGUGAGUCGCAUAAGCCAUAGAAAAUAAAUAAAUACAAAUAAGAAGUGAUAUUGAAAAUAAUGUGAAGAAAAUAAUAAUAAAAUUGUGACGUCAUCAAACAUAAGUUGCUUAUGAAGAAGACAAAAAAUAAAGUCAAUUUAAAAUACGCGAAAGAGAGCAUGAAACUGAGAGAGAAAGAGAAAGAUUGACUUAUAACGAAAGAGUUCGAUUUAAAGCGAAUAGAACGACAAAUUAAAGUGUUUUCGAAAAGUUGGUAAAAGCGCCAUCUAGUUGUUUCAAUCGGAACUAAGACAAUUAGUACAGCGUUAUAAUAAUAGAUGGCGCUUAUCAGUUUUAAAGUACUGGUUUACUAGUGGGACGAUUUCGGGCAUUUAUAAGCAUUCAGCAAUUAUUUGCUGUUUGCUAAAAACAAUAUAAAUAUUGUGACUAAGAUUGUGACGUAUUAAAAAGGACUCGAUCGAUAGUGAUAAAUUUUGGUGUAUUAAUAGUUCUGAUUGCGAAAAGUGGUUCUAAGAUUUGUUGAUUUAAAUGUCUUGCUUGUAUUUGUAAAAUUCGCACAAUUUUUUGUCUUCAAAACCGUUUUAAAAUCUGUGACAAUUCAGACCUCCAAGAUUGAAAAGGCGCUUAUCCUAAGCGUGGAAAAGAGAUGCUAUAUAUUGCUAUCUCGCUCACACAAAUAUAAUACUCUUAAUACAAGAGCUUAUAAAUCUGUUCACAGCAAUACAACGCGAAAACGAAGUAAAAUAAUUUUGAAAAAAAAAAGAUUUUGAA